CCAAGCUGCAACUCGCUCUCAUGUAGGACUCAGAUACUGUAUUUUCUUGUGGCAAUGCGAUACUCAACUUAGCUUGCAUCCAAUGACCCUUCUCUAGGACAUAGUCCAUGUGUUGAGUUGCUCGAAUUGACUACAAAGGCAAAUAACGUCACACGAGCUUUCCAGACCACUUGAUUUUUGUAUGUGAGAAUGCGUUUUUACGACAGGAAGAACUUUAGCGCGCGAAACGCUCUGGAGCGGGUACCUGAUUGCGGGUCAUCGAAACAAGAUCCCACCUAAAAUGGCUUACUAUUCCAAUUCACCUGUUGUCCACAACGGACCUCCGACGCAUCCUGCAUUACAUGUCCGGGACGCCAAAGACGCGCACGUUGUCCUCGAGGCCGUGCGCCUCAAUAUGUUACCGUUGAUCAAGCGGCGACUCACUGCUUCAGAACGAGAGCAGUUAUCCUCCGGGAACGUCUUCGUCUGGGAGGAGGCUGAGAACGAUGGAGGACUCCUACGCUGGACAGACGGGCGUAGAUGGUCGCAAAGUCGGAUGCGUGGUGACUACCUAUUCUACGAGGAGAAGAUGGAGACAACUCAGGAGGAGAAAGAUGCUAAAGCUGCUUUAAGAGCGCUUCGUACUGCGGAUCCACUCGCCGUAGCUCCUCCAACAAACAGACGAAAAGAUCGUCCUAAUCGUCCGAAUGGUUUGACGAAACAAACUUACUCCGCAUUAGUCUACCUUCCGGGCUCAAGUCUUCCGCGUAAAUGGCAUGUCGUUGCAUACUUUACAGGGGAUGACUAUGUUCGACUUCCUGUCAUCGAGAGUUACGAUUACCUUCGAAAUUUGAGGGUUCCGGGUGGCAUCUUUGUUUCCAGCAAAGCCAACGGAUCUCGCACCGAUCACUUCUCUUACACCACUGAUGGAAUGGAGCCAUACAACUCGGCAGGUCAUGUACAUGGCCAAUCAAGUCAGUAUUCUAUGCUACAAGGAGUCCCCCGAGGCCCAAUGUCUCCCGCUUCCUCGUCAUCAUCAAUACCAUUAUCCCCUACUCAGCAUCAUCCAAGACCUCUACCGUCAUCGGGCGCUGCUAUAGGACCUGGACAUGCAGAGACGUCCCUACCCAGCAUUUCGAUCCUGACCGGUCUACGUGAUACUCCAGAAUUUCGACAAUCUAAUUCCUCGUCAUCUGUGCAACUCGGACAUCCCUCUCCAACGACCUACAGCCCCUUAUCCGCAGAAGACAGACGAGUACUCAAUAGCUUCAAAGUUGUGUUAUAGGACUUCUCCCAUCCCGGGCGUUAACGUCUUUUUUUUGGCCUCGGACGUUAGAGACUUACUGCAUUCAUUUUUUUGUCCCUUGGUAACCGCCAGUAUUUUUCUCACUCGUCUUUUCAUUUGUAUCUAUACUCUUCCCGACCGUGCAGCAUCCCCGGCCGGCGUGACAAUUAAAGGCAUCGUAUUGAAGAAC